AUGAAGGAGUUUGCCUUUAUGAAAGCGCUACACGAGCAUGGGUUUCCGGUCCCCGAACCCAUCGCGCAGAACAGACAUACGAUUGUUAUGAGUUUGAUCGACGCGUUCCCUCUCCGGCAGAUUUCUUCGGUUCCGGAUCCUGGCAGGCUUUAUUCGGAGCUUAUGGAGAUGAUUAUACGGUUGGCCGGGGUGGGGCUUAUACAUGGUGAUUUUAACGAGUUUAAUAUUUUGAUUAAGGAGGAGGUCGUUGGGUCUGAGACGGCAAGGGGCAAGAGAAAGGAGGGAGGUUAUGGUGCUGAAGGGGAGAAUAGCAAUCUGAUACCCAUCCUUAUCGACUUCCCGCAGAUGGUCUCUGUGGAUCAUCCUAAUGCGGAAAUGUACUUUGACAGAGAUGUGCAAUGCAUCAAAAGGUAUUUUGAGCGGAGGUUUGGAUUUGCGAGUGAUGAGAAAGGGCCAUUUUUUAAAGACGCGAAGAAGCUAGUGGGGACGAAGAAAGGGGGUGCGAGGCUGGAUGUUGAAGUCGAAGCAUCGGGUUUCUCGAGGAAGAUGGCAAGGGAGUUGGAGGCAUACAUGAAGGAGAUGGGUGUCGACGGAGACGGAGGUGAAAAUGGUGAGCGUGAUGAUCUGCGAUCUGAUGAGGAAGGAAAUGAAGAGGAUUCCGAGGAGGAGGGAGAGAAUGAAGAUGACGGAGUCCCUUUAGGUGACGAAGUGGAUGCUUUUGGAAACACGACACAGAAGAAAUCUGAGGUAGAGCAUCCUAAGAUUUCUGAAUCGGAAUCUACAAAGGGAAUCGGCAUUGAGCAGCUCCGAAUAUCUGACUCUAAACUGCAAGCUGCAUGA